CCAGGUGCAGCAGAAUCAGGUCUUGGGCGAUUUUGUACAAUAUCGAUCAAAGGGAAGGAACUGUAUCUCGACCCCAUUCAGCGGAAGGGUGUUGUGCCAAAUCGACAACAACAACAACAAAAGCGGUUUCGCGCCCUGCGACUCUAACCGGUCUGAACCACGUGUGUUCUAUUUCGCGGUGUCACAACGGCACUGACUCUGAGCAGACAAUGGCGAAGGAAGAAGUAAGACAAGAAAAACGCUCCGCACGUUUGCUGCCCGGUUGGGUGGUGGUUUGGUUUUUCGUCACGGCAAUAAUCUGCAUUUACGAUGCCUUGUUUAUCUUCCUGCGACCUCACACACUACCCGGAGGAAAGUACGGACACUUCUAUUACCUGUAUAAAUACUACAUCGCACUGGAUAAGAGAUAUCAAGACCUGAAAGACGACUAUGUGUUUACUGUCAGUUUGAUGAAUGUGUUUGAAGUGCUUGUGAACGUCAUCACUAUUGCAUUACACUACGGACGCCAUCGAGCGGUUGUUCCCUUGGCCUACACAGUGAGUGUGAUGACCCUGUGGAAGACGGUGCACUACUUCCUCAUGUACUUCGAGUUCUCGGGUACCACCCAGUACAGAGCAGGCAACCCCUUGUGGGACGAGUUUCUUCUCGUUGUUAUACCCAACGUCAUCUGGAUCAUUCUACCCGCUGCAACAAUGGCGGUUUUGUGGAACCAAAUAACACCUAUCAGCGAAGAUGCAAAGAAGAGUAAAGCAAGCAAGAAAACUCGCUGACGAAAAAACAAUCCCCCCAGAAGUACCCCCCCCCCCCCCCCCUCCAAUUUUUUUUAAUAAUAAUAAUAAUAAUAAAACAAAGCAAACUCAACAACGUUACUAACAUAUUCAAAUAUUCGGUCCGAUUUCUUUUUGACGGUUCAAUAACGAUUCAUGGUUUAAAUUCGGUUUUGAGAGAGGAUCGACUGAACUUUGCAUUUUACAUAACUAUUCUAGUUUUAUUUUCCGCUGAAAGUCUGUUUCACAGUUUGAACUGGAUUUUGCACGUUAAACCGUUUCUGCUAUUACAUUAAACCGAGUUUAUCUGAGCGUCGAGUUGAAGUUUUGCUUCUAUUUUUAAAAAUUAAAUAUGAAUGGGGUCAUCCAUUAAUUCGGUGAUGAAGUCACAUGACAUUACCAAUAAUUUUGUGCAUCCAAUAUAUUGAAUCAUUGGCGAGAAAUCGGACCCAAGAACACACACGGAACACAAAUGUGACGUGUGCGUGCGUGUGUGUACAGUCGUUUUCAGUAUUAAUUAUUGUUUUGUGGAAAAGGUCGGGAACCACAUCCUUCUAUGCCAGAUUGUUACUCGUGGCACGCUCAUUGUUUUAAUACAGCCGGGAAAAUCAUUGAUAUUUACUAAGUUACACGCAGCAGUACUAAUAACUUUUAAAAGAAGAAGAAUGUUUCAGCUGGCCUUCGUUUAAAAAGCUACAUCAUGGCUGCGUAAUGGCCACACACAUUUACUUUUUUUUUUUUUUUUUACAUGUACCGAUCAGAGCAUAGACUGAUGUUUUAUUACCAGCUGUUGUGUAGGUCGAUUUUGUUCAUACACUCGACAAAAGACUUCUGAAUGACGUUUUUAUUUUUAGUAUUUUAAAUUGAGUGGGACAAAAAUUGUAUUGUACUGCAUAUAGUUGUAGGUGUUUUGUUGUUUUUUUGUAUCCCUGUGAUAACAAUAAAACUGUUAUAUAUA